ACCUCUUGCGUCAAUCAAUCACGUUUAUUCCAUAAUAACGCAGCAGGAAGGGGUGCUGAAGAUGACCGUGGAAGAAGAGCGAAACCUGGUGAGUUUCAGGGUUUCGUCAAGAAGACCCACACAAGACAACAGUCUCAAAUGCAAACAUUGUGGAGAAAUAGGACAAGAAAUCAGUGGGUGUUUCCAAAUCAUAGGUUACCCUGAAUGGUGGGCAGACCAACUGUGUGUGUGCAAGGUGGAGCCCGCGGAGGUGGCUAGGGCAGUGGGACGACCCAAGGCAGGAGGCACAACAGAAGGGGGCGGUGCACCAGCUGGACGCGGUGCCGGAAACUGCACGGACAAGACACUAACUGAUAGUGCCGGAAAUUGCACAGCAACUGAUAGUGCACCCUUCACUGAUAGUGCACCCAUAUCAUUCUUCGAGUUUCUCUAAUUUCUUCUAAUUUUUUUAGUUUCUUCUAACAUACUCCCUCCGUCCCUAAAUAAACUUUUUCUUUCGUUUUGUCUUUGUCCCCAAAUAAACUUCUCUUUUCCCUUAAAAAACCCCUUUUACCCCUUACUUUUUUAUAUCCUACAUAUCACAUCAUACCUUUUUACAUAUCACAUCUUACUUUUACACAUCACAUCAAGGACAUGAUGACACACACGUACGUACAAACCACAUAGGUAAUUAAAUUAAACAUUAUGUUAAUUACACGAUUUCUUCAAACAAAACAAAUGAUGCCCUUGCCAAAACCUCCACAUUUGGGUUUCAAGACACAUCCCAAACAUCCAAAUCAUUCAUACAAUUUGGCCUAAUUACAAUUAAGUUGGCGGUUCCGUAUUUCCGAAUCGGGUUCCAGAUGAUAAAAACUACGUACGUGCUCACCCCGUCUCGGUGCAACUUAAUUAGCUUAGUUACACACAACUUUACGCUUCCGAUAAUCCAAAUGAUUAUGUAUUAAUCCUCCUUGGAACUCCAAAUCAAUCUCCAUUUUUAUUAAUAUUAUCAUACAUAGAUAUAUUUGAAGAUUUAUAUAUAUAUAUAUAUAUAUAUAAGGAAAAGAAGAAGAAGAAGAAUGAAUUCCAAUUCAAUCGGGUUGGGAAUAGUUUUGCCAGCAGAGAAGCAUGACGACGCAGCGCCGGAGGAUGUAAAGCUUCGUCUUGUACUGCUUCGUCAUGCUCAUGCACCGCUUCCGGAAGCUGCUUUUCCGGUGACACUCCGCUGUUGAACUGCUCAACAUGU